UUCCCAGGGGCGGCAGAGGGGCGGGCGCCGCGCGGGCCGUGCUCCGGAGCGGGGCGGGGCCGGCUUUGAGCCCGGUGGAUGGGAUCCGAGUCCGCGCACCGCCGCUCCCGCCAAGAAGAUGGCGGCCGCGGGUCAGCGGGUGCGGCCUGGCGCGCGGGCGGCGGCCGGCGUUCUCGAGGGCGGGGGUCGCGGCCGGCCUGUUUUGGGAGCUCACCCCAGGAGCAGCCUUUAGACUGUUUAGGUUGCUGGAAGUUUGAAUCCUCUCACUCUUGAGUAGUGACUGACUGCAGUGUGCUGAGACCUGGCCAACGGCAGGACCAAGCGGCUUCAUCAGCCAGGUUUUGUGUUGUGUUUAGGAUUUCAGCAGUGUCCAGGCUAUCAGUGAUAAGGAGGUAUGGAUGAUCCAGGGGACCAGAGCAAUGAGGAAGCACCUAAAGCUAUUAAACCCACAAGUAAAGAGUUCAGGAAGACCUGGGGAUUCCGGAGAACAACAAUCGCUAAGCGUGAAGGUGCUGGUGACACUGAGGUGGACCCUGCUGAGCAGCAGCCACACAGCCUCUCCCUGCGCCGCAGCGGGAGGCAGCCAAAGCGCACUGAGAGAGUGGAAGAGUUCCUGACCACAGUUCGACGCCGAGGAAGAAAGAACGCACCUGUCUGCCUUGAGGAUUCUGGGGAGGCAGCAUCCUGUCCAGUCACAGAUGUGGAAAGCGCCUCGGAAGGUAGUGUUGAGAGCAACUCUGAGAUAAAAAGUGUCCCUGCAUCUGGUUCCAAGCGAGGGAAGGAACACCCAGCCUCUUCUGAAAAGGCCAAAGGAGGGGAUGAGCAAGGUGACACCUCCGACAGUGACAGUGAUGGGCUCACUUUGAAAGAACUUCAGAAUCGUCUCCGAAGAAAGCGAGAACAAGAACCGUCAGAGAGGCCCCUGAAGGGUGUCCUGAAUCGCCUGAGAAAGAAGCGACGAGAAGAGGACUCAACUGACACUGUGGAGGUCGAAGUGGGAGGAACUGGCCAUGAUGUGCCACCUUGUAAGCAGGAGUCUGACGCUGGCGAGGGGCCUGUGAACCAGGAAGCAAAAGAUGACAGAGAGAGUGAAUCGGAGGGCACAGUGGCUCAGGAACCUAAAGAUGAAGACCCCGGGGAUGUGGGCAAACCUAAGCCCGAUAGUGAAGUUUACGACCCCAACGCCUUGUACUGCAUCUGCCGCCAGCCUCACAAUAACAGGUUCAUGAUCUGUUGUGACCGCUGUGAGGAAUGGUUCCAUGGCGACUGCGUGGGCAUUUCUGAGGCUCGAGGGCGGCUCUUGGAGAGGAAUGGGGAGGAUUACAUCUGCCCGAACUGCACGAUCCUGCAAGUGCAGGAAGAUACAAAUUCAGAAACCACUGAUGAGCAGGAAACUCGAUACAGAUCUGCAAGUGUGGAUGGCACAGAUUGCACCAGCAUAGGGACAGUAGAACAAAAGUCUAGUGAAGAUCAGGGGAUCAAGGGUAGAAUUGAGAAAGCUGCAAACCCCAGUGGCAAGAAGAAACUCAAGAUAUUCCAGCCUGUCAUAGAAACUCCUGGCGCCUCGAGGUGCAUUGGUCCUGGGUGCUCCAGUGUGGCGCAGCCUGAAUCAGUGUACUGCAGUAAUGACUGCAUUCUCAAACAUGCUGCAGCUACCAUGAGAAAUCUAAAUUCAGGUAAAGAACAAAAACCAAAGCCUAAGGAGAAGGUCAAGAUGAAGCCGGAAAAACUCAGUCUUCCAAAAUGUAGUGUGCAGGUAGGGAUUAAAAUCUCCUCUAUACACAAGAGACAAGCUCCAGAGAGAAAAGAAAACAUUGUGAAGAAAGUGAUGGUGACCCCUCCUAGGAGCGACACAGUGGGGAAGGAGGCGGCCUGUGAGAGCAGCACACCUUCCUGGGCCAGCGACCACAACUACAAUGCAGUGAAGCCAGAGAAUACUGCUGCACUGUCCCCACCACGGUUCUGUAAAUCCAUGAAGGACGACAAGAGAGUGGAGGACAGAGCGGUGGGGCCAUCCACAGGUCCAAAGAAAAUAGCCCUUCCAGGCUCCUCAGUGGGGAGACCACCUUCGUCCAGAACUCUAGUUCCAAAGAAGCCGCCUCCUUUCGCUAACAUGGCAGGAGCCAAACCGGCCAUUAAAAAGUCACCCUCGGGCAUCAGGGGCCCCAUGCCCAAGAGGCCCUGGCUCUUGCCUACCCCAUCAGGCACCUCAGCUGCCAGGCAGGCAGGACCAAUGCCUAUUGCUGUGGCUGCCGCUUCCAAAAAGGCACUGGGCUCUGCUGCUUUGGUUGGAUCCAUGAGGAAGCCAGGGACAACUUCUGCUCCCACAACAGUUCCAGCCACAGGACGCCUUGGGGCCACAGGCUCUGCCCAGUCACAACCAAAUUCACAAAUACGGCAAAAUAUAAGACGUUCCUUGAAAGAGAUUUUAUGGAAAAGGGUCAAUGACAGUGAUGACUUAAUCAUGACGGAAAAUGAAGUGGGAAAAAUUGCCCUCCACAUUGAGAAGGAGAUGUUCAACUUGUUUCAAGUCACAGAUAAUCGCUACAAGAGUAAAUACCGCAGCAUCAUGUUCAACCUCAAGGACCCUAAAAAUCAGGGACUCUUCCAUCGAGUUCUGCGUGAAGAAAUUUCUUUGGCAAAACUUGUGAGAAUGAAGCCAGAAGAACUCGUGUCUAAAGAGCUUUCCAUAUGGAAAGAGAGGCCAACAAAAUCUGUAAUUGAGUCCAGAAGUAAACUGCCGAAUGAAAGCAAGAAAGCUGCCCUGAAGCCAGAAACCAUUCCGGAUAUGGAAGACUCUCCACCUGUGUCAGAUUCGGAUGAACAGCAGGAAUCAGUACGCACUGCCCCUGAGAAGAGCACAGCUCCUCUUCUCGAUGUAUUCAGCAGCAUGUUGAAGGACACGACAAGUCAACACCGGGCUCAUCUUUUUGAUCUAAACUGUAAAAUUUGUACAGGUCAGGUUCCAUCAGAAGAUGAACCAGCUCCUAAAAAACAAAAAUUAGCAAUUUCCGCUAAGAAGGAAGACUUGAAACCCAAGCCUGAGAGCUCUUCAUCUGAUCCAGUUCCUCACUUGUCUGAUGAAGGCUCUGCAGAGGUUCUGCCCGAAAAUGUCUCAGAACCAGACCUGGAAAGUGCUGCUGGUCCAAACACAGAGAGGAAGUAUUUCCUUGGGCCUCCAGAGGACAGCCAUCCAGAAUCCUCACUGACAGAAGGCUCUUCUCCCUGCCCAGCUUCCUGUGGGGUUGGGGUGGUGACCACAGUCACAGUGUCAGGCCGUGACCCCAGGACUGCUAUGGGUGGGUCCUGCACCGUCACGGCCUCCGCUGCAAGCCACCUGGACAGCACCCACACAGUCGAAGCCAAACCAGAUCUGCUAAAGCCUGCCUUGCCCUCUGUGACACUGCCGAAGUCCAUACUUGCUAAGCCAUCCUCGUCCCCUGACCCAAGAUAUAUGUCAGUUCCACCGUCAACAAGUGUCAGUGUCUCAGAGUCACGAUCCCCGCAAGAAGGAGACACAACCCUCUUUUUGUCUCGCCUCAACACCAUUUGGAAAGGAUUUAUUAACAUGCAGAGUGUAGCCAAAUUUGUCACUAAGGCGUACCCUGUCUCUGGGUGUUUCGAUUAUCUCAGUGAGGACUUGCCGGAUACAAUUCACAUCGGUGGGAGGAUUGCUCCGAAGACAGUGUGGGAUUAUGUCGGCAAGCUCAAGUCUUCCGUAUCCAAGGAGCUCUGUCUGAUUCGCUUUCACCCAGCAACAGAGGAGGAAGAGGUCGCCUACAUUUCUCUCUACUCCUAUUUUAGCAGCCGCGGCCGCUUUGGGGUCGUAGCUAAUAACAACAGGCAUGUCAAGGACCUCUACCUGAUCCCACUGAGUGCUAAGGACCCUGUGCCACCUAAACUCUUGCCCUUUGAGGGACCAGGUCUUGAGUCACCACGACCAAAUAUAAUCCUUGGGUUAGUUAUCUGUCAAAAAAUAAAACGUCCUUCAAAUGCUGGAGAGUUGGACAAGACAGAGGAGAAGCGGGCCCGACUUCAACAGGAAGAAACAGAUGUUCCAGUCUGUCCCAAAGUCACAGCAGCCUCACAGUCUGAGAGGAAGCCCCCCAAGUACCAGCUAUACUCUGCAGACAUAGUUGUGGGCACCACACCCCCCGGGUCUCCUCCACCCCCGCCCCCUCUCCCCGAGCCUCCAGUGUUGAAGACGUUGUCGUCACUCGCUCCAGUGGUCACCAGCAGUGUUGCUGCACCUGCCUCUACAGCAGCGGUUACCACAGCGGCUUCAGCUUCACCUGUUACUUCAUCAGCCUCAAAAACGGCCACCCCACUGGAGCACAUUCUGCAGACUCUCUUUGGAAAGAAGAAGGCAUUUGAACCCCGUGCCAAAGACUCUGCUGGGCCAACUCUGGCUGUACAGCAGGAUUCUAGAAACAAGGGUGAGGAAGGUGUGUCAGCUGCUCCUUUGUUAGAUCCCAUCGUUCAGCAGUUUGGUCAGUUCUCAAAAGAUAAGACUCUGGAAGAAGAGGAAGACGACAGGCCAUAUGACCCUGAAGAAGAAUAUGACCCAGAGCGAGCCUUUGACACUCCUCUUUCAGAGACCAGGAUGUGUCAAGAUGUGGAGAAGGCUCCAGACAUGGCCGAAAGGGAAGAGGUGGCCUAUGACCCUGAAGAUGAGACCAUUUUAGAGGAGGCCAAAGUGACCAUUGACGACCUGCCCAACAGGAUGUGUGCAGAUGUGAGGGGCAGCGCCGCAGAGAGGCCUCCAGAGUACACCGCUGAUGUUCCCACUCCCUCUUUGGUUGAACAGCAGAAAAUGCUGGAGGAACUAAACAAACAAAUUGAGGAGCAAAAGAGGCAGCUAGAGGAACAGGAAGAAGCUCUUAGGCAGCAGAGAGCUGCAGUGGGGGUCUCCAUGGCACACUUCUCUGUGUCAGAUGCGUUGAUGUCACCACCUCCAAAGUCAUCACUGGCGAAGGCAGAGCUGUUCCCCCAGGAGCAGCAGGCCCCAGACCAGAAUCAGGGAGUCCCAGGGACAAACCAAACCUCAGACUCGAGACAGAAUAGAGACCCUAGGCAGGCCAGGCGCCUAGCAGAGAGCAGCGAGAAUGAGCCCCUCUCUAGGCCUCCAGCAGGUGGUGGUACAGGCGUACAGGGUGCCCUGCCUACCAGGGAGGUUCCUUGUGGGGCCACAGCAGUCCAGGUUCCUGUGGCAGCCCAGGAAUCAAAGCAGUUAGUUGCGGCUCCUUGGGGUGCAGGUGAAAAGACUGCACUGAUAUCCAAACAGGAUGGUCAGGGGUGUGAGCAACCUGGAAACCCUGUUCCACAGCCCCUGGAGAGUGUCCAUCCCCCCACAGCUGGAGACAGCACAGCCAGACCUGCCCGAAGGGUGCUGCUGCCUACACCCCCAAGCACUGCCUUUCAGCCUGGCUUCACUCUGCAAAAUGAUGUGCAGAAUUUUAAUCCUGCUGGAGGAAGAGAGCCUUUCUCAGGUCUGGUAUUCACUUCUCAGGAAAAAUCUCUUUGCCCAUCCCUGUAUGAGGACCCAAGAAACACUCAGUGUGCUGGGAAGAGCGACAGCCCAGCCACUGACACAGAGGGUGACAGAGAGCCACUGUCCAGGCCUGGUGAAGGCACUGCCCUGUACCCCCAGGCUGGACAAAAAGGAGGGGCCCCGCAGCCCCAGUUUCCAGGCCAGCGUGAACCAGUUCCUCGCUCUUUUGGGAUGUCUGGACUUCAUGGCCCAAAUUUUUCAGGACCUAGGGGACCAGUCCCCCCAUUUCCAGAAGAUAAUAUGGUUCCUAACAAUGAUGGGCCAAGAGCACCUCCACCUGCCAGAUUUGGGGCCCAAAAGGCACCCAUCCCUUCCUUAUUCUUGGGGCAACAUGGGCCACCUUAUGGGGACAAUAGGGGGCCCUCGCCUUCUUACCUUGGGCCGAGAGGAGGAGCACCAGCCCAAUUUGAAGAACACAAAGAUCCCCAUGGGGAGAAAAGGGAAUUCCAGGACACGCUGUACAGUGACAUGACAGGGGCCUCUCCCCAGUGUGAAGGCCCAGAGCAGGCUCAGUUCAUGGGGAACAGGGGUACUGUACCUUUCCAGUUUGGAGGCCAAAGACGGCCUCUCCUGACUCAGCUGAAAGGUGCCCGAGGAGGAACCCCGCCUGCUCAGUUUGGUGGCCAGAGGGGACCACCCCCUAGCCAUUUUGUGGGCCCUCGAGGGCCCCAUCCCAGUCAGUUCGAAGGUGCCCGGGGACCCCAUCCCAGUCAAUUUGACGGACCCAGAGGCCAAGCCCCAGGUUUCAUGCCAGGCCCCCGCGGCCUUCAGCCUCAGCAGUUUGAAGAGCAGAGAGUAAACUCGCCACCUAGGUUUGCAGGUCAGAGGACACCAGCACCAAUGCCAUAUGGGGGGCCAAGGGUCUCUGCACCCUUUUCGGAAAAAAACGAGCAGACGCCUGCCCGAUUUCACUUUCCAGGCCCAUCCCCACAGGCAAUGAAGCCAUCCCCCAGACCCCUCCUGGAGCUCCCGAGCCACCCCCCACAGCACCGGAAGGACCGAUGGGAUGAGGCUGGUCCAGCCACAGCCCUGCCUUCUAGUGUUUCAUCUGGACAGGGCCAUGAGACUGAGGGACAGUGGGCCAUGGCGGCUGACUUCAGAGAGGGCAAAGGCCACGAGUACAGGAAUCAGACUUUUGAAGGGAGGCAGAGAGAACGGUUUGAAGCUGGGCCCAAAGAAAAAUCGCUGGAGGAGCCAGAAGCCCAGGGGCCAGAGAGUCGGCAGGGCCGGGCGUUUGAGGACAGGAGGCGAGACCGAGACCGAGGCAGGAACUGGAGUCGGGAGAGAGACUGGGAGAGGAGCCGAGAAUGGGAAAGACAUCGAGAGAAAGACUGCGGCCGGGAGUGGGACAAAGGCAGCGAGAGGAACACAAGCAGGGACAGAGAGCGGCAGGCAGACCGGGCCAAGGAGUGGGACCGAAGCCGGGAGAGAAGCAGAAACCGGGACCGGGACAGGAGGCGCGACCGGGACAGGUCCCGGAGCCGUGACCGUGACCGUGAGAGGGCCCGGGACAGAGAGCGAGGCCGUGAUCGCAAGGACCGCAGCAAGAGCAAAGAGAGUACCCGGGACCUGAAACCGGAGGCCACAAGGGCCUCUGAUGCAGGCAGCACCUCUGCCCAGGCCUAGAAACCACCACCCUUGGCGCUGCAUCAGACCUGCGGAGAAAGGCUUCAUGGUGGCUAGUCUCAGACAGGCUCAGCCUGGCAGAAACCCUUUCAAAAAGCCAGCUUCUUAAAACAUUGUGCAGAGUUUUUGAAAUAUCUCUGAUGAACUUAGAUGCUGGAAAGGAUAUUCUGGACUUCAAAAGUUACUGUAACUUUGUAUAUACUGAUUUUACAGAAUUUCACAUCUUUAUCUGAUGCUUUUUUAAAAAACAACUUCAGAACUUAGUAUUUCCAUUUAAAUUACAGAAAUGGGAAAAUAUCUACAAAAGCAUAUUGCUUUUUCAGAUUAUAGUUAUCUUUUCCAAUAACUUGACUGUUGUAAGUUUUAAGGGAAUUUUGGUGGACUCAGAGCCAUACCUUUGCUAGCACCUCAUCUGUUUCCAUGUUUCUGGAGCUGUUCCCCAGGGCUGGCUUGGGCCAGCAGGACGCCUGGCCAGGGGCAUCGGGUGGGUGAGCUCCGGUGGAUGCUGCAGCUGGGAAAGACAGUCUUAGCUCCCCAGCAGUGUUGAGAAACCCAAAAGUUAUAAAUUCAUCUUCGUUUCAUUAUGGAGAAAUUUAAAUUACAAAUUUCAAUCCAGAGACAAAAAUACCUAGUUUUGAAUUUUUUUCAAAAAAACAGUUCAAAGCAACAUCUAUCCUAGCAGACAUUGUUGCAUUUGAAAUAAUUUAUGGAAACAUGUUUCAUUUUACCAGCUUAAAGGGACAACAGUAAGCAUACUUUCAGAGGGUGGGGAGGGUCUCUUGAGCCGCACAGUCAGGAGCAUGGCGUCAGUCUGCCCGUGAGCAGCCUGGUCAGGAACGAGCACUCAGCCGGCUGCCCUGCUGCAGGUGUUGGUUUGAGUUUGCCGCCAGAAUGGAGUCAGGCUUGUACAAAGUUUGAGCAGGACAAAAGUGAUUUAUUAUUCAAGAAUGAGAAAGUAGAAAGGUUCUCACUGAAAUGCAGUGUUGUACUGCUUGUCAUGUGUUUUCAGGUACUUCUGACAUGGAAUAGAGAAAGCCUGGUUAACUUAUUUGACUGUACAAAUACACUUUGAUAAUUCUUUUUAUAUUUUCAUAAACUUAAUUUUGCAGAUACAAAAUUAGAGAGGUUCAUUUGUUCUUUGGAGUCUUUUAUUCCAUUAUAUUGUACAUCACUACAGAUUUUUCACUUUAUAGCACAGAUUUUUAAGUUGAGAAAACCUCAAGAAUUUAGAAAUUUGGGAUGUUUGGUAUUAGAAAGCAAGCAUCAGUAGGUUAAAUUACAUUAAAGUAGGGGUCAAGUUUCAACAUCUAACAUGAUGGGAAAGGUUUUUUUUAACAUAAAGCAAACUUUUCUAAUUUAAAUACACAAAUGUAAAAAUCAAGUGUGUUUCUUUAGGUUGACUUGAUAGGAGUUUCUGUAAAUUGUUAUUUUGUAUUGCAGAGUGUUAUAUCACUGUACAUUAAAACACAGGGCUUCAUAGGUUUUGUUACUUGAAGCAGAAUAAAUACCUACAGAGAGUUCUUGUCUCAGAUCUUCA